AUCUCUUUUUAGCUUUUGCCUGUGUCGUUGCUGGCAGCUGAGUCAGAACUUCUGAGGAGAGCGUCUGUUCUUGUCUGUUCUCGACUGACUUUGCAGAUCUCUGAAAACAGACCUGUUGCUUCAAUCAAUAGUAAUCCUAUUGAUUAAACAUCAUGAUGUUUCCCUUGGCCAGAUAUGCACUAAACUAUCUCAAGACUCCAAGCAUUCUGAAAAUUGUGGGAAGACUGAAACACUCAAAGCCCUCAUCAGAAGAAACUCAUGACAAAUACGGCAAUAUGAUGCUAAUUAGUGGGACUAUUUUCUGUUUAGCUGGAUAUACAAUUUAUAUGACACAGAUGGGUGUGGAGUGGAACCUGUCUCCUAUUGGCAGAGUUACCCCCCAAGAGUGGAAGAAGAAGUAAAUAUCUUAGAUACUGUAAUGCAGCAUUGUCUCAAAAAAACAAAAAACAAAAAAAAAACCAAACAAACAAAACUUGUAGUGGAAAUGUUCUUCUGUUCAUUAAAAUAUAACGUAACAAAAGAAAUAAAAUUCAUUCAAAAUUA